AAGGUCCACUCUUAAUUUACAAUUCACUCACUGCCACUGGUGGUCUCUCUCUCUCUGCUCCACAAAAUGGCCAUAGCUACAACCUUAUCAUCAUCUUCAUCAUCACCGUCGCGACAUUUCGUCAAUGGCUCACAGAGAUUUGUGUCUACAGCUCCUUACUCUUUUAGCUCUAUCUUACUCCGCCGUCGUAUCCGCCGCCUGAAUCGCUCAUUCGCUUCGUACCGUAGCUCUCAGUCGCGUAGGAGAUACGAUUCAGACGAUCGAUUCUUUGGCGGGUACGAGUACGAUGUGGUUCCCGACGAGGAUGACGAUGAAGAAGAAGACGAGAGAGAGAGCAGCGUCGAUCUUUUGAUCAGAUUCUUGAGAAGCAUGUUCAAGAAAGUCUCGAAACGUGCUAAGAAAGCAUCGCGACGGGUUUUGCCAGCAGCCAUGUCUCCUCGACUCGUGUCUUUUGCAGUAGAUGGGAUAUUGCUAUUGGGUUCACUUUCCAUAACAAGAGCGUUUCUUGAGGUAAUAUGCAACCUAGGAGGAACCGUGUUUACGGUGAUUCUGCUCAUCAGAUUGUUCUGGACGGCAGCUUCCUUCUUCCAGACUUAUGGGAGCUCUUUUGGACCAAACCCGUUAACUUAAAAUCUAGUAUUUUACUCACAUUUGGGUGUGAGGUGUUGUAACUGAUCAUCUUGGACUUGUAGCUUCGAUUCGAUGUGUAAAGAAAAAAUGUAUGAUAGUUGUGUACAUGUCGCUGGGGGAAGUUAUCUAGUGAUCAAUAGUAAGAGAAGACGAAUCUA